AUGAUCUCGUUGCAUAUGCUUCGAACACCAUCAAUCAUCUUCUUUGGCGUGACGCUCUUAAGCCGGGGUGCCAUCGCAUGCAAAAACUGCGAGAUCGAGAUUGACUCCCCCGUCCGCGUUAGCUCUGGCGAUGGCUCACGCAAAGGGCGCACAGGGUACUUGAUCUCGAUAGGCAACGGCCCGACUUCUAGUUUGAUGAAGCGUGGGUUGGGUUGCAGACCUACUUCGUCUUCGUCUCGCAUCGACCCGCACAGUGGCAUUCAGGCAGAGCGAGAUCUCGCGCAACUCGCGACAACGCCUGACAAGGAUAUUCAAUGCAUACAAGGAUACGGGGGUGUUACGCAGUCCCAAGUCAAAAAUUUGGAAAUGGGGGCAUGUACGAGCGAGCGCGGAGAUGUCGGCGUCGGUGAGUAUGAUCGAGGUUGCGGGGCCGGGAGAGAGCACGAGGGUGCUGAGGCCUGCAAGACUCUGGUGCGUGUUGGCUGGAAUGUAAUGUCCUGCAUUGAACUAGAUUGUUUUGAGGUCGAGGAAUGCGAUGUUGGAGGAAUUGAAUUUGAAGAUUCGGAAGGUGAGGGAUCAGAGAGAUGGCCAGGGUACAAUGACGUUGAGCAUGGUGCUCGAGACAUCAUGCCAGUGGCAUGUCAAAGAAAGCUCGGUGAGACCAUCGGGAUAGCUCAUAAGGAGCGAUUCAAUUUGUGAGGAAUUUUUGUCGGCCCCAAGGACGCUUCCCUUUAUCUCAAGAGCUUUGAGACGGUGGGCAGAGGUAGGUAGUACAGGGAUGAUGGCUUUGCGAAAUGUUAAUGAAGAAAAGAGGGGAGAUUUUUUUUUUGGCACACGCAAGGAGGGAAGGGUAUGCAGUGUUGUCUUGUCAUGGUUGGGAGAGAAUCCGUAUGCGGGAAGUGAGAGCUAAUGGACGGAAUGUAUCAAGAUGGAGCACGGAACGUCUGUAUGAGAAAAUGAGAGGCCAGAAGCUUCUCAGAUUAGAAUUAAGAAUGUCGAGUGCUGAAUCUGAACGUCAACCAUGUGCAUGAGUUUCCGGUGAUGGUAUAACAUUAGGCAAUAAAUGUGAGCAGAAACGUCGUCAUCGUAUAUCGUUGAAUACAAAAUAAAAUACGCAAAGUAAGGUGCGGGGAAGUGUC